GAAGCAUGGCGACCACCAGCUCUUCCUCCUGCAACCUUUUCCUCUUCUUCCUCCUCUCUUUUCUGACCACUCAGCCAGCCCUCGGCCAGGACCCCUCCGUCACCGCCGUGGCCGUCACGGAGGGCGACCCCUCCGGCGCCCCCACCUCGCCGUCCAACCAGACGACCGCCGGCUAUGUGGAGACCACCCAGAACACUCCUCCGGAGACGGGGCUGUCCACUCCCAGCAGCGGCGGGGACGCGGACGACGAGGACGUCCCCCCGGUCGGGGGGACCCGCUGCCAGGGUUACUAUGACGUCAUGGGGCAGUGGGACCCGCCGUUCAACUGCAACGCCGGCGUGUUCCUGUACUGCUGCGGUACCUGCUUCUACCGCUUCUGCUGCCAGUUCCGCCAGCAGCGGCUGGACCAGAGCAUCUGCUCCAACUACGACACGCCCAUCUGGGCCAACACCGGCAAGCCGGUGGCCACCCUCACCGAGGGCCAGGAGGACCAGGACCGGGACCGUACGCACCUCAUUGUCUACAUCAUCUGUGGAGUGGUGGCCAUCAUGGUGCUGGUGGGCAUCUUCACCAAGCUGGGCUUAGAGAAGAGCCGAGGGGGCAGCGGGGGAGGGGCGGCGACCGCCCAGGCCGACAUCAACUCCAGGACCCUGACAGACCUGCUGAAGCAGCAGGGAGCUGAGGUAAGCUCAGUGGAAAAUGCCACGGCCGGUUCGCCCAGUGGAGGGAGAGCCAACGGCGUCUCAGCCAGGAUGCUGCGCAGCAGGAGUGAGCAGUACCAUCUGAAUAACUCGGCGUACGGGCCGUUCGGACAGGGCCUUCCUCGGCCGCACAGCAACCACAGCACGGUGGGACUGAACAAGUACACCUCCCUCAAAGCCGUGGCGGACAGCGCUUCUCGCAGCUACUACAAGAGCUUCCCGCUCAUGGACUUCUCCCAGUACCAGCCCGUGGCGCCCCCGAGCUUCCCGCCCAAAGAGAAGUCGUACAUCCACCAGCCUCUCCCGGCGCACCACGACCUCCACGCCCCUCUUUCCAUCUCCAUCCCCUCCGCCCACCUGGAGCACUCGCGCCUCCCCAAGACCACCACGCACCCGCUCCUGUCCAGCUCGGCCUUCAAAGCCUGGGAGCCGACCGGCCGCCACGUCCACCGGCAGACCUCGGCGCCGGGCCAGGCCUCGUCCUCCCUGCACGGCUCCACCCGGAGGCACGGCUACUCCACCCGCAGGCAGCAGAGCAUCGAGAACAUGCCGGAUCUCUUCAACCAGCCCUACGGGGGCAUGUACAGAGGAUCCGGAGGGGCUGUGGGGCAGGCGCACCUCGUCCAGGGACCGCAUAUACCUCAGCCCUCCUACUACCACCACGGCAGGCCGAAGAGCUACUCCACCCACAGCACGACGGAGGUGACCGUCUGA